UUUUUUUUUGCAAGGCUACACCUGGCUUCUUUCGGAGGUGCUUUCCAGCCCUUUUCAUUAUUUUUUGCAAAAGGAAGAAGAGAGAAGGAAGGAAGAGAAGAGAAGAGCAAUUCAGCCCAAGCUGCGCAGAGGAUAAGCUCCACUGCAGGAUCAGUGCUUUGUAAGAAACCACUUGGUGCUUCAGCAUCAUUCAUCUUUCCCCAGCACCACUUUGGGAAUACAAAAAAACAUUGUUGUUGUUAUUAUUAUUGUUGUUAUUAUUUUGCAACCAUGGUGGGAGACAUGUGGCGAUGGACCUGCCUGGUUUUGCACCUUCUCCUCUGUGCAAAGAUGUUGCCUUCAGUCGCCAGGCAGCAGCCUUCUCACCCAAAGAGACCUUUUCUCAACUUCACCGUGGACACAGCUGAGGUCUAUUUCAACCACUUGGUGGUAGAUGAAAGGAAAGGACACAUUUACUUGGGGGCUGUCAAUUGGAUCUACAAACUCUCAGGGGAUCUGGAGAUUCAGGCGUCCCAUCAGACAGGCCCGGAUAUUGACAACCCAAAGUGUUAUCCUCCCAGACUAGUCCAGCCUUGUAAUGAACAGUUGAUAUCAAUGAACAACAUCAACAAAUUGCUCCUCAUAGAUUACAAAGAAAACCGGUUGAUUGCUUGUGGAAGCUUAUACCAGGGCAUCUGUAAACUCUUGAGGCUGGAUGACCUUUUUAAGCUUGGUGAGCCCUUCCACAACAAGGAGCACUACCUCUCCGGGGUGAACGAGAGUGGUUCUGUUUUUGGAGUGAUCGUUUCUUACCACAACAUGGACGACAAACUGUUCUUUGCUACUGCCGUGGAUGGCAAGCCGGAGUAUUUCCCAACCAUCUCCAGCAGAAAGCUGCCCAAGAACUCUGAGGCAGAAGGGAUGUUUGCUUACGUCUUCCAUGAUGAGUUUGUGGCCUCCAUGAUCAAGAUCCCAUCGGACACAUUCACCAUCAUUCCCGACUUCGAUAUAUACUACAUCUAUGGUUUCAGCAGUGGCAAUUUUGUCUACUUUUUGACCCUCCAGCCUGAGAUGAUUUCUCCGCCUGGCUCCACUACCAAGGAGCAGGUCUAUACCUCCAAGUUAGUCCGUCUGUGCAAGGAAGACAAGGCCUUCAACUCUUAUGUUGAAGUGCCCAUUGGCUGCGAGAAGAAUGGGGUGGAAUACCGAUUGAUUCAGGCGGCCUACUUGUCAAAGGCAGGGUCCAUCUUGGCCAGGUCUUUGGGCAUUAGACCUGAGGAUGAUAUCCUCUUCACUGUCUUCUCCAAGGGGCAGAAGAGGAAAAUGAAGUCCUUAGACGAGUCAGCUCUUUGCAUCUUUGUUCUGAAAAAGAUAAAUGACCGUAUCAAAGAGAAGUUGCAGUCUUGCUACAGGGGUGAAGGCACAUUGGAUUUGGCCUGGCUUAAAGUGAAGGAUAUUUCCUGUAGCAGUGCACUGUUAACGAUUGAUGAUAAUUUCUGUGGCCUGGAUAUGAAUGCCCCACUUGGAGUAUCUGAGAUGGUGCGAGGGAUUCCCAUCUUCACGGAGGACCGGGAUAGGAUGACAUCUGUCAUUGCUUACGUCUAUAAGAACCACUCGUUGGCUUUCGUGGGCACAAAGAGCGGCAAGAUGAAAAUGAUCCGUGUAGAUGGUCCAGUCAAAGGUGCGCUUGAAUACGAAAUUGUACAAGUGGUGGAUACUGGUCCAAUACUGCGGGACAUGGCCUUUUCAGUGGAUCACAAGUAUCUGUACAUGAUGUCUGAGAAACAGCUUACUCGUGUGCCGGUGGUGUGGUGUGGACAAUACAAAAGCUGCAGUGAGUGUCUGGGUUCUGGGGACCCCCACUGUGGAUGGUGUGUGCUCCACAACACGUGCACAAGGAAAGAACAAUGUGAACGGUCCAGUGAACCCCGGAGGUUUGCUUCGGAGAUGAAGCAAUGUGUCCGCCUCACGGUGCACCCCAACAACAUCUCGGUCUCCCAGUAUAGUGUGAUGCUGGUUUUGGAGACCUACAAUGUUCCAGAGCUGUCGGAUGGUGUCAACUGCAGUUUUGGGGACUUGUCGGAAAUGGACGGCCUGGUGAUAGGGAACCAGAUUAAGUGCCAAUCCCCGGCAGCCAAGGAGGUGCCAAAGAUCAUCACAGAGAAUGGAGACCAUCAUAUUGUCCAGCUUCAGCUGAAAUCCAAAGAAACAGGCAUGACUUUUGCUAGCACCAGCUUUGUAUUCUACAACUGCAGUGUCCACAAUUCAUGCCUGUCCUGUGUGGAAAGUCCUUACCGAUGCCACUGGUGCAAAUAUCGCCAUGUUUGUACUCAUGACCCCCGUAAUUGCCAUUUCCUGGAAGGACGGGUCAAGCUGCCAGAGGACUGCCCCCAGCUGCUGCAUGUCAACAAGAUCUUGGUGCCUGUGGAAGUUGUCAAACCCAUCACGCUCAAGGCCAAGAACUUGCCCCAGCCACAGUCAGGCCAGCGAGGUUACGAGUGCAUCAUCAACAUCCAAGGCAAUGAGAAGCGGGUGCCAGCCUUGCGGUUCAAUAGCUCCAGUGUCCAGUGCCAGAACACUUCCUAUUCCUAUGAUGGGAUGGAGAUUAACAGCCUGCCGGUGGAGCUGACAGUUGUGUGGAAUGGGAAUUUCAACAUUGACAACCCAGCGCAGAACAAAGUCCACUUAUACAAAUGUGGAGCUAUGCGAGACAGUUGUGGCCUGUGCCUGAAAGCAGAUCCAGACUAUGAAUGUGGCUGGUGUGAAGACAUGAAUCAGUGCACACUGAAACAGCAUUGCCUCAUCAUAGAAAACCGAUGGCUCGAACUCUCGGCGACAGGAGGGAAGUGCACCAACCCCAAGAUCACAGAGAUCAGCCCAAUCAGGGGACCACGCGAAGGAGGAACCAGAGUGACCAUCAGGGGAGAAAAUCUUGGCCUGGAAUUCCGAGAUAUUGCAUCCCGAGUCAGAGUCGCUGGCGUUGAAUGUGACCCCUUAGUGGAUGGAUAUAUCCCAGCAGAGCAAAUUGUGUGUGAGAUGAGAGAGGCCAAACUUAGCCAACAUGCUGGAAAUGUGGACAUCUGUGUGGCUGAAUGUAAGCCGGAGUUCAUGGCCAAAUCCUCCCAGUUCUACUACUUUACGGUUCUAACCCUUUUUGAUCUAAGUCCAGAUCAAGGACCUAUGUCAGGAGGCACACAAGUCACAAUCCGGGGCAAAAACCUGAAUGCCGGCAGCAACGUCUCGGUGAUGUUUGGACAGCAACCCUGUGUUUUCCACUGGAGAAAUGCUGACUCCAUAGUCUGCAAUACCACAGCUUUCACCAAUGGGCUGGAGAAGAAUGUGGUGGAUGUGUCUGUGAAAGUGGAUAAAGCUACCUUACAAAUGGAACUGGAGAAGCCUAAAUCGCACAAGGAACUGAAGUUUAAGUAUGUGGAGGAUCCGACCAUUUUGAGGAUUGAUCCAGAAUGGAGCAUUGUGAGUGGAAAUACACCCAUUGCAGUAUGGGGCACUAACCUGGACCUGAUCCAGAAUCCUCAGAUCCGAUCGAAGUACGGUGGGAAAGAACAUAUCAAUGUUUGUGAAGUUCAGAAUGACACGGAGAUGAUCUGCCAAGCACCAGCCUUAGCUAUUGACCCAAAUAAUCUGUCUGACCUCACUGAGCGACCAGAUGAGUUUGGCUUCAUCUUGGACAAUGUCCAGUCCUCGCUGAUCCUCAACAAAACCAACUUCACCUACUAUCCAAACCCUGUCUUUGAGGCUUUCAACCCCACUGGGAUUUUGGAGCUGAAACCUGGAACUCCCAUUAUAUUAAAGGGCAAGAACCUGAUCCCACCUGUAGCAGGAGGGAAUGUCAAACUGAAUUAUACAGUGCUGAUUGGGGAAAAGCCUUGUGCGGUCACAGUGUCAGAUGUGCAGCUGCUGUGCGAGGCUCCAAACCUCACUGGACGGCAUAAAGUGAUGGCUCGUGUGGGAGGGAUGGAGUUUUCCCCAGGAAUGGUGAACAUCUCUCCAGACAGUCCGCUCAGUUUGCCUGCCAUUGUUGGCAUUGCUGUGGCAGGUGGGCUCCUCAUCAUUUUCAUUGUGGCGGUGCUCAUUGCCUAUAAGCGCAAGUCCCGAGAAAGUGACCUCACUCUGAAGCGUCUCCAGAUGCAGAUGGACAACCUGGAAUCCCGGGUGGCUUUGGAAUGCAAGGAAGCUUUUGCAGAACUGCAGACUGACAUCCAUGAGCUGACAAGUGAUCUAGAUGGAGCUGGCAUUCCAUUUCUUGAUUAUCGGACAUAUACCAUGAGAGUGCUUUUCCCAGGCAUUGAAGACCAUCCUGUGUUAAGAGAUCUGGAGGUUCCUGGAUAUCGACAGGAGCGGGUAGAGAAAGGCCUAAAGUUCUUUGCACAGCUCAUCAACAACAAGAUCUUCCUCCUGUCCUUCAUUCGCACCCUAGAGUCCCAACGCAGCUUCUCCAUGAGAGAUCGUGGCAAUGUGGCUUCCCUCAUUAUGACGGUGCUGCAAAGCAAGCUGGAGUAUGCCACUGAUGUCCUCAAACAACUCCUGGCUGACCUCAUAGACAAAAACCUGGAGAGCAAAAACCACCCCAAGUUGCUGCUUCGGAGGACAGAAUCUGUUGCUGAGAAGAUGCUCACAAAUUGGUUCACUUUUUUACUCUACAAGUUCCUCAAGGAGUGUGCUGGUGAGCCCCUCUUCUCUCUGUUUUGUGCCAUCAAGCAACAGAUGGAGAAGGGACCAAUUGAUGCCAUCACGGGAGAAGCUCGCUAUUCCUUAAGCGAGGACAAGCUCAUACGACAACAGAUAGACUACAAGACCUUGGUCUUGAGCUGUGUGAACCCUGACAAUGUGAACAGCCCUGAGAUCCCUGUGAAGAUCUUGAACUGCGACACCAUCACCCAGGUCAAGGAGAAGAUCCUCGAUGCCAUCUUCAAGAAUGUACCUUGCUCCCAUCGGCCCAAAGCUGCUGACAUGGAUCUAGAAUGGCGUCAAGCAAGUGGGGCCAGAAUGAUCCUUCAGGAUGAGGACCUCACAACCAAGAUUGAGAAUGACUGGAAGAGACUCAAUACUCUUGCCCACUAUCAGGUGCCUGACGGUUCUGUGGUGGCUUUGGUGUCCAAGCAAGUUACAGCCUACAAUGCUGUCAACAAUUCCACAGUCUCCAGGACAUCUGCCAGCAAGUACGAAAACAUGAUCCGCUACACAGGUAGCCCGGAUAGCCUGCGUUCCCGGACACCCAUGAUUACACCCGACUUGGAGAGCGGAGUCAAGAUGUGGCAUCUGGUCAAGAACCAUGAACAUGGAGAUCAGAAGGAGGGCGACCGAGGGAGCAAGAUGGUGUCAGAGAUAUAUCUGACUAGGCUGCUGGCCACCAAGGGCACUUUACAGAAGUUCGUUGAUGACCUCUUUGAGACAAUCUUCAGCACAGCGCACCGUGGCAGCGCACUUCCCUUGGCUAUCAAAUACAUGUUUGACUUCUUGGACGAGCAGGCAGACAAGCACAACAUCCAUGACCCUCAUGUGCGGCACACUUGGAAAAGCAACUGCUUGCCGCUAAGGUUUUGGGUGAACAUGAUAAAAAACCCACAGUUUGUCUUUGACAUUCACAAGAACAGCAUCACGGACGCUUGCCUCUCAGUGGUAGCGCAAACUUUCAUGGACUCCUGUUCAACCUCAGAGCAUCGUUUGGGGAAAGAUUCCCCCUCGAAUAAGCUCCUUUAUGCCAAGGAUAUCCCCAGCUACAAGAACUGGGUGGAAAGGUACUAUUCUGACAUUGGGAAGAUGCCAGCUAUCAGCGACCAGGAUAUGAAUGCUUACUUGGCUGAACAGUCCCGCAUGCACAUGAACGAAUUCAACACAAUGAGUGCACUCUCUGAGAUCUACUCCUAUGUGGGCAAAUAUAGUGAAGAGAUCCUUGGAGCCCUCGAUCAAGACGACCAGGCUGGCAAGCAGAAACUGGCCUACAAACUUGAACAAGUUAUAACCCUCAUGAGCAUAGACAGCUGAGAACUGCCCUACCAGGGGACUCCCUGGGAGGGAUUUGAAGAACAGAACAGAACAAAACAAAAAAACAAAAACCAAGCCGUGCCUCAGUCAAGAACAUCCUCUUUACCAAGUGCAAGUUUCUGAUUGGCUGUCGAGCAGGGUUACCUGAACGCCUCUGCGGCUCACCUGCCGAAAUUACGUUUGCAGAGCAACUUGAGGGAUGUCUCCGAGGAGGAAUCUCGAAAUGUGGGGACCAUUCGGGUGGAGCUCCCUCGCCCACAAAGUCCCUCCUUCCACCUUUGCCCAGAGCAUCCCUGUCAUAUCAUCCGUUAACCGACAGAGGGAGCCAUUUUGGGUUUGCCUCAGUCAUGCUGCUUUAAUGGCGCUCCUUGGGCUCGGAGGCCUCGGGCGCAAAUAAACUCAGUGUUACUUGGAAGCUUCACCAAGGCAGAACUUGUUCACUUGCCUCCAGGAAUCCCAACAGAGUGGGAAUGAACUUGGCUCUGAUUUUUCCCACUGACGAGUGCUGCUUCUCCCUGUGUCCUUGUCAGAAGAUGGAAGGACCCAGUGGCUUGCCCCAUGGACUCUCUUGGUGGCAUCACCCCUUUACCCUGUGAACUCACAGCGCUGUCAGCUACUCUCCUGGCACUGUGUGGAGAAUGAAGAAAGCCUGCCCUUUCCCUCCAUCCUCAGUCUAACUUUGUAGCUUUUCUUUUUUUUUAAAAAAAAUGUUCAUUUUCACUUUCAGUCUCUAUGUCUAUCAAAUGCAACAUGAAAAGAAUACCAUGCAUACAAACACACACCGUUCUUCAUGUAUGGUAGGAGUGGGCAGCUGUGAAAGGCUAGGGGCUACCGGAGACCUUGGAGGGCUAUAUCCCACCACCAAAAUCUGCCUUCCAAAAAAUAAUCAAAAAUGUUUCUGUCCCCAAACACCCUCUAAAGGGCAUGUAGGGCAUUUUGACCAUGUUUUCAAGGACCUCUUCAACCAUUUUAGGCCCAGGACAGGGCUUUAUAGCAGCAUGAAGUGACUAGAAUUCAUUUCCUGUAUUUAAAAAGGCCUCUCUUGGAUCUAAAAAUCCCCCAGAGGGCAUUUGGACACAUUUGAGACAAAAACCAUAGGGGGCUAAUUUGCACAAAAUUUUAGCCAUGGGGCCUAGCGGAUACAAAAACAGCUCUAAGAGGCUGCAAACAGCCCAUAGGUCACAUUUUGCCCACACCUGACCUACAGACUUUUCUAUUUCCACUAUAGAUUCCUUCAGUACAGGCAAAGGCAUCUAUUCCUUCUUAAAACAGCUGUCUAGCUGCAUUUUGGGAGGUUAGGCAAUCUUUAACUAAAUCACAAUGCUGGCUCUUCCAUUCUCAUUUGUAAAAUCCCACAUUGCCUCUUCUGAUAUCUUUCUGGCUAACAUUUAAAAACAAACAAACAUAGAGCACAAAGUCUACAGAUGGUUGAUCAACAUCCGAGAUAGGCCAUACCCAAGUGGUGCAUUAGUUCGCCUACCAGACAAUACUCCAGGGGCUUCGUUCUUUCUCCACUGCUUUGCCACUGAAAUUCAGUGGGAACUAUGGGGGUUCUAUCAUCUAGAACAGUGUUUCCCAAGCUUUGGUCCUCUAUGUGUUUGGGACUUCAACUCCCAGAGGCCCAAGCUAACCUAGCCAAUA